CACAUCAUGUUCCAUGUGAUGUUUUCGUGUUGAAGCAAAGCGAUACAUCCUGUCACGAUACUUUGGCUUUUUCAACAGUAUAGAGAGAAGUCUGUGAAACAUCCCUUCUCUACAUUAAGUGGACUUGAAAAGGUCCGUCGUCACGUCCAACACAUUACGUUAAGACAGAGGCAGAAGUCAACGUUAUUCGGUGGCAAGAGGGAUCAUUUUUGACAACUACGUAACGUUAGCUACAAGCUAAUCAAGCUGUUCUUCUGAGUUGUUCACUUACCGGGAGGGAAUGGAGAAAGCUAAACAAGUUGCAUUUGACAGUGCCAGACUCCAAGUGAUCAAAGAUGGCUAUGAGAGGGCCUUUGAGUGCAUAAAUAAAGGACUGUCUGUAGAUGAAUCCGGGGACAAGUCACAUGCCCUGGAGCUCUACAAGCAGGGGAGGAAGCACCUCCUCAGGGCCAUCAGUGUGCCAUCCCAGGGAGACGAGUGUUACGGCAGCUCCUGGGAAUCAGCCAGGCAGAUGCAGCAGAAGAUGCAGGAGACGCUGGACAACAUCACCACUCGACUGGCCAUUCUGGAGACCAGCUCUGACCUUGGAUCUGCACCUACACUGAACACGAGCAGUGGAUCUGACCCUGAUGUUGCAGACACGUCUAAAGAAGGUCUCUAUCCAAAACUUUCUUCCAAAAACAAACCAGAUCCACCAAACCAACUUUCUGCUAGCAGCCAGGCAGCAGGGGCUGUAGGAGGCGUGUCUGCCUGCAGCAGUAAGGGUCUCCCCCUCUCACCCACCAGACAGCCUGUGGGUCCAGUGGAGAAGCCUCCAGCUUACUCUCCUGAGGCGGCUAAAGGCCACCUGUCUGUCUCAUACGGCACAGAUGAGGGGGAGUUGUCUUUGGUUGGGGAAGAGUUCUACAGUCGUACGUCUAACUCAACACCAUCUCCCCAAAGUAUGGGUGAAGAGGGAGAGGAGCUGAUGUACAUCCCUCAUGGUGUACAGAUAUUCUUUGUCACGCCUGAAGGUGAGGUGAGCGCUCCCUCUUACCCGGGCUACCUGCGGCUGGUGAAGUUUACCGGUGACCAAUCCGACAGAAUGCCCAACCGCCCACCAGCUUUUCUGCAGGUGUGCGACUGGCUGUAUCCUCUCAUGGCCGUGGACUCCCCCGUGUUGCUGUGUAACACUGGUGUGUUUAUGUUUCCGGACAUGAUGGCGCCGGCUCCAGGUUAUUAUGUCGGGGUGGUGCUGUCCGCUGAGCUGUCUGCUGCUCACAGAGAGCUGUUCCAGGACCUGCUGUCCCAGAUGACAGAUCUCAGGGUACAGGCUCCAAAAGAAGCUGCAGAGACCAUUAAUCUCAGUCAGAAGGUGUCCAUCGCUACGCCUCAGGAGACUGCAACAGGGGUCACAGAGGAGGAUGAGAACGACGAGGAGAAGGCCCUGCCUGAGUGGAGUGAAAAGGUGGCAAGCGGGAUCCUGACAGGUGCGUCCUGGCUAAGCUGGGGUCUGGUGAAAGGAGCUGAGUUCACAGGUCAUGCCAUCCACAAAGGGGCAUCUAAACUCCGGGAACACAUCACCCCGGAGGACAGACCCACCAACGUCAGCCCCACAGUCUCCAAAGGCCUCCAUGUGGCCAAGCAAGCGACAGGGGGUGCUGUCAAAGUCAGCCAGUUUCUAGUGGACGGGGUGUGCACCGUCGCUGGCUGUGUGGGGCGGGAGUUGGCUCCACACGUGAAAAAACAUGGAGGCAAGCUGAUCCCAGAGUCGAUGAAGAAAGACAAGGACGGGCGUUCUAACAUAGAUGGAGCCAUGGUGGUGGCUGCCAGUGGAGUGCAAGGGUUUGCGACAAUGUGGACUGGUUUGGAAGUAGCAGCAAUAAACAUCACUACAAGUGUAGCAUCAGAGACCGUCACCACCGUGAAACACAAAUUUAGGGGUCUACAAAACCAUCUUUGACCCACCUAAAGAGAAUAAGUGACAUGUUUCCUAACUAUAGGAAGCUAUUCAACUUGUUUCACCACUAAUCACUAAGACAACUUUUUUUAAUGAAUUGGCUGUUGCUCAAAGCUUUAUAAAAUCCUUGAUGCUAUUCUAAUUCACUGCCUGUGUGGCAAUUCACAUGAUGGUGCUGCUUUUCACUGAUUCCUCAAUAUGUUUCUAAUGGUAAAUUCCCAAUUUGCAACUUUUCUGUCCUGCCUUAAAUUCACAUCUUACCGUAAUGUAGGGUUGUGUUUUAGCUAUACAAUGUCUCAUUUUAAGUGAAAGACUUAAUUUGCAAGGUAUCUAAUUAACUGCACCCAAAACAAACAUUCCCAUCUUGCUAUUUUAUCAUGUAAUGGUUUCUUAAUUCAUUUAAACACAUAUCGAUAUUGUGGGAAGAAUACAUAAAAAAGGGAGAUUUUGGACUUGCAUGAGUGUAAUGCUCGCAUAACAAAUCACAUACAGCAUGGCAUCUUUGCAAUCCUUCCACUGCUUACUAAUUCUUCUCAAAUCCUCUGUUUCUCGCCUCUGGCUGUGACCUCUCACCCUAUCUCACUUCUGAUGAAGGUACGGGGCAGCAGCAGGAGAAGCCACAGACAACGCUGUCAAUUCUGCCAUUAAUGUUGGUCGCACUGCCUUCAAUGUUGACAAUCUUGGGAUCAAAGCUAUAGUGAAAAAGACGGGCAAGCAGACGGCGCAUGCCAUUUUGGAAGACUACAAGCGUCCGGAAAAACCAAAUGAUGGGAAGCAAGUUGAGAAAUCGGGCAAAUAGCUGGUAUUACUCUGCCUUAUUAUCUCAGAAAUGCCUUAAAGUAUAAUUCUUAUCAAAUAAAUCUAUAUUUAAUUUUCACUAUUUAUAAAACGUAUUCUAUAUUUAAAAGAUAACUACUGUUCUUUGCAGAUCCUUGAGUUUAAUUCUCUUAAGCACUUUAAUCUUUAUGUAAAAUAAGGUAAAUGGACCUAAAUGAAGAGAACCAGCAGAUUAUAUAACCAAAAUUAAGACAUGGUGAUAUGGUAUGUUGAUACACUGUAACAUUUAGGUAUUAUCAAUUCACUUGAAGGAUAUCAUUUUAACUCUGCUCUUUAUACUAAAACAGCAUAGAAUGGUUAACUACACACUGGAACAUUUCCUAAUCUUCGUAAAGCAUCUGUGUAUUUGAGUUUUUCCCUUGGGGACUGCAAUUUAUAUAAUUUGAAUGAAGGAUGAAAAUCAAUAUCCGUAUGUAUCUUCAGAUAUAACUGUAUCGGACAAGAAAGUGUGUGUUUUCACUGUGUUGUUUAAAAUGAGUAAUCACUGCCUCUUACUGUGCCUGCAAACAUCUAACUGUAUUUAAAACUGAAGCUGUCUAUACAGCAACAUGUAUUUUUGUUCCACCUUCAUUAAAAUGAUGUUUCUUAUGAACUAGGGGUGACUAAAAUGUUAAUGCCUACUGCUAGUCUGACUAGUCUAGGACUAUCUAACCUAAAUGGGUGUUCUGCUACAACAUGAGGUGUGGUCUUCUGUAUAUUGUUUGAUAUAAAAUAAAUCUAUAUUUUAUUUGAAUGGAUGAACUAUUUAGCUGUGAACUUAAGUGUGAUGCUAACUUUGCAAACCAAUUAGUCUUUUUUUUUUAAUGAUCUGGUUUGUGCUCAUUUAAUCCAGCUUUAAAGUCAAAGUGGUUUCAGAUGGCUUUCAGGUACUCGAGUUGAAAUUGUCUGAAAAAAAAUAAAAAAGUUGAAAAAACGCA